CGCAAAUAACGAAAAAAAAAAUUUUCGUUGUUUGGUACGACACAUUAGUGAGAGAAAUAGAAGUGUAUCAAGAGAUCAAACCAAAGAUGGAAAAUAUGCCACCAGGUUAUCGUUUCUACCCCACAGAAGAGGAACUGAUUUUGUUCUAUCUCCACAAUAAGCUUGAAGGAGACAAGGAGUGCCUGAAUCGAGUUAUACCUGUCGUCGAUAUAUAUGACUACAACCCAUCCCAACUUCCACAAAUUUCAGGAGAGGGGAGUCUGAGAGACACAGAGCAAUGGUUCUUUUUCAUUCCGAGGCAAGAAAGUGAAGCACGAGGAGGGAGACCAAAGCGUCUUACAACUACUGGGUACUGGAAAGCUACUGGGUCUCCUAAUCACGUUUAUUCUUCUGAUAAUCGCAUCAUCGGAGUGAAAAGAACUAUGGUUUUCUAUAGUGGAAGAGCUCCUAAUGGAACGAAAAGCGAUUGGAAGAUGAAUGAGUACAAGGCCAUUAAAGGUGAAGCAUCAUCAUCUUCAAAUAAGGCAGUUCCUCAGCUAAGGCAAGAAUUCAGUUUAUGCCGAGUGUACAAAAAAUCAAAGUGCUUGCGGGCAUUUGAUAGACGACCACCGCCAAGGAGGGAUGCAGUAAGCUAUCCUUUUGUUCAAGAAGCUCAAAGGGGUUCAACAUCUUGUGAUCAUCAUCAUAACCUUCCACAAAUGGUGGAGAGAAGCUCAACUAGCUCCCCAGAGAGUUCAUCCUCUGGAGACCAUGCCCAACCCUCCCUGCAAAUGGAUGUUGACAACGAGGCUUUGUUGGAUUGGGAGAAAGUAGAUUGGUUCUUGGGAUCGGAACCAUGAUCAUAUAUAUAUAUCCAAGAUAUUUGCAAUAUAUAUCGAUACAUAGCUGCUGCAGCAAGAGGUGCAAGUUGAGUCAGCUCGUAAUAGUUAUUUCUGUCACAGAAACUACUACUUUAAUUUGCUUCUUGCUAUUCAGUGGUCAAUAAUCUAGCUAAUUAAUAUGUCAAGAAUGUGUAAAGACUGAUUCAUAUGAUAAAAUAUCAGAAACUUUCAUUUUG